AUGAAUCCAAUAAAUCCAAACACUUUAUUUGGUGGUAGAUGGUAUGAAAUAGUUGACAGUUUUCCAUUCUACACUAAUACGCAGUCAAUGAAGAUGGGAGGUUCAAAGAAAAUAGGUAUUGAAAACCUUCCUUCACAUAUGCAUAGGUUCAGUGGAAGAACAUCUGUGGAAGGAAACCAUUCACAUUCAAUAACAAAAAGAGGUUAUACAAAUCUUGCAGCGGGUUCGGAUAGACAGGGAAUGCAUAGAUAUGAUAUCACAACUGACCCCAAAGAUGUUAGCACAGGUAUUUUCUGUGGAACUGCAGGAAAUCAUACACAUGUUGUAGCUGGUAUUACAGACCCAGCAGGUAAUGGAAAAGAUUAUAUGCCUCCUUAUAUAACAAUGCACGCUUGGAUACGAGUUGGUUAA